CCCCAACCGCAGGCUCGCAGCUUCCCCGUGUCAGUAGGGCUUCACAUCCGCCAUUUCAUGCAGCCCUGACGACAGGCCCCUCAGAGAGAGGACCGGUUGUCAUUCCCAUUUUACAGAGAAUGCGACUGAGGUCCGGGUUCACCCAGUCCCCAGUUCCAUUGCGCCUGCUCUUCAUUUUCACAGAGGAGGUCCUUCAAGGGGUCACAGUGCGUCCUGACCGAGAGGCAGGGGUCAGGGGCUGACCCUCCCCGCCCCCACACCCUAGGUAUGACGUCACCCGAGGGCCCAGGAGGAAAGUCUACAGGGAUAUUUGGAAUCCAGCCCUCCUUGGAAACAGAGAGAUGGACAUGGAAACCACCCAAGGGCCUCCUGAACUCCAUCAGAGGAGGAUUGCAUUGAAGAAAAACUGGCCAGUUCUCUUGGGACAAUCUUCCAGAAGCAAUAGUGGGGCAGCAAUGAGUUUCCUGGGAGGCUCAGGCAGCAGGGCAGAAAGGAAAGCGUCACCAGCAGGAGCAGUUGGGCGUGCCCCUGUUCCACCUUGGAGGCACCUUGCCACCCACCCGAGCAGAGGGCACUGUGGGCCCUGGAGCCCCCAGGAUGCUGGAGCAGGGCUCACCACCUUGGCAUGCCCCCAGUGCCCCACUGGGUGGAGGGAAACAGCAAGAACCAAGUCUGAAGUCUGCAAUAUGCUGUGUACAACUCAUGCAUUACCUCAAAACGUGAUAAUCUUUGCAACUAUCUAUGAGCAGGAAGAAGGAAAACCAGCUUGGGAUCGGGACACUGGGCCUGCUUCCGGUGGCAGGGGAGCCUGGGGCAGGCAGCCCCACACUUCAGAGUUGCUGCCUAGGCUUGGUCCUGGAAUCAGAGGGGAAUCCAGCACCAAGAUGGAGAUGGGACUCCAGUUCUCUGCUCAGCUCAGGCCUGCAUCUGUAGCAAUAGAACCUCCCAACUUUUAGUGGGGCACACCCUACUCAGUAUAAAGAUUACAUUUCCAGCGAGGUGUGGCCACGUGAUCAAGUUCUGGCCGGUGGGUGUGGGCAAAAGUGAUGUGCAGUUUGUGGGUUAUGAUGUGCUUGGAGGGAAGGGAUCUUCCAUUUUCCCUCUUCUCCACUUCCGACGGCUGGAAUGUGGACCCGGAAGGUAUGGUGUUGAGUCUUCUAUCAGCCACAUAGGCAAGGGCUUCAAGAUAAAGGGAAUUUGCCUCCCUGACAAAGCAGAGCCACCCUGUCUGCCACGAACUGCUUAAACACCUACUGAAACCGGAGAGAUAACUUCUGGCUCGUUUAAGCGCCUGUUACUGUGCGUCUUUGUGAAAGAACUGCAUCCUAACUAAUACAGACGUUCAUUUCAACAUUGUUUAUAAGGUUUUUUUUGUAAUGGAAAUGCCUGAAUGUCCAUCAGAGAGAGAGUAAGUAAGGGAGCCAUGGUAACUCCACACAAUUAAGUACAUGAAGUCAUUAAAAAAAGAAUGAAAUAGAUGUAUAUAUAGGAACUAUGUUCCUGAUAAAAUAUUAAAAUGAAAAAUGCAAGUGAUAGGACAAUGUAGAAGAUGCUAUGGCUUGCUGGGUUUCCGGGGCAAGUCACUUCCUCCCUCUCCUGUAGAAGCUACAGGGGACACAUUCUGCCUUGCCUUGGAUGGUGUGGUUUGAGGAUAGAUGUGGCUGUGGCAGCCUUUUUGUUCCACGAGGGAAGACCCUAGAGUUGGUGAAGGGGGGGAGGGGAGCAAAUACUGAGUGGAGCCUAAAGAGAAAGUCCACCUAUCAAAGGACAAAAAAGAGUCAGAGAACCAGGUCUCUGAGGAUACUGAGUGGCUGGAUCAAGCCUGAAUGGAAGUCAGCUUUGGAUCUGGACCUGUGCGGUUACUGAGCCUUCAAACUCCAUUUGUUUAUUGGUUUAAGUCAAUUUUAGCUAAGUUUUCUUUUGCUUUAUAAAGAUGACUCAUAGGAUAUUUA